UGAUGUUAAUAUAGUGAACAACGGUUGAGUGGAUCGUUAUUAUAGGUUCAAACUACAUGCAUAGAAUCGGCUAGCUUGACGGAAAAUAUCAGAUUUCUUUCUGCUAUGAAUUUAACCUAGCAAUCACAGACUUGAUCCUCAUCGUUCAAAGUCCUUUUACGUAACCUCGUCCGCAUCCGACGAUCAGCUGGUGGCCUAUCAGCUUUUUAUAAACGGUCAAGUUGACGGGGUUCAACAGUCAUCAUGCCUACAAAAGAUGUUAGGGAAAUGACUAUACUGGAGUAUAUGCAUGCUCCUGUAACGUUCACGAAUAUCCACACACGACGUGGCACACGUCCAUACCAGUACUAUGAUACACCGGAUGGUCAGGAUAUUUGGAAGAAAUUGUGGGUAACAGGGAAAUGGGGUCUUGGUAUAGGAGGAUUCUUAUCUUUGGUCGAUACACGCAUGUACUCCAACCCGAAAACUAUUCUGGAAGGACUCAACCGAGCUGCGUAUAUCACCAUACCUAUUGUAUCUGCCUUUACAACUUAUGCAGCGAUAACUUACACCGCUACAAGUCUCCGAAACAAAGAUGACCCUAUCAAUAGUUUGAUAGGAGGUAUGGCAGCUGGAAGCCUGUUGGGUUACAUGUACAAGGGUCCUAUCUAUAUUUGGCCUCUUGCUGUGCUGACCGGGGCAUUUUGUAUGGUUAAAAAAGAUGCACACGAUAAAGGAUACGAUUUCGGUGAUAUUAGUCAACUACAGCGAAUUUACGGAAUUCACACAAGUCCUCAUCAUGACUCCAGUUUGUUUCCUAUUGGAGAGAAAGGUUGGACAACUGAGGCUUGAUUAAAAAAAUCAAGCACCUUUGCAAAAAUAGUGUUACCUUAAUAUGAUUGUACGUCAUCAUGCAUUUGCUAUUGUUGCAUGACAGGAUGUAUAUAAAAAAACAUAAAUACAAUUAUUCGGUUCAAAUAGUCUACAUUAUUUAUUGUACAUACAUAUUAAAGAGGUGAAAGUUUCUAUGCGUAAA